AUUACUCCCCAGGUAAGAGACUCCACCACGCUCUUCAAAGAAGGGUAAGAUCGGCACUGCUUUGCUUCUUUCCUUACUGAAGUCUCUUCCUCCCAGAACGCGCUUUGCUGUAUCUUCCUCACAGCAUAUGACACACAGAAUUUCUCUUCCCUAAAAUGGAGCCAAGUAAGAAGCUGGACCCCCCCGGCCCCCUGCCGCCCAACCCCCCGCUGAAGCUGCACCCCGACCGCGGCGCCGCCAGCACGUCCAUCUUCGUCCCUGAGCAAGGAGGCUACAAAGAAAGGUUUGUGAAGACCGUGGAGGACAAGUACAAGUGCGAGAAGUGCCGCCUGGUGCUGUGUAACCCGAAGCAGACCGAGUGCGGACACCGGUUCUGCGAGACCUGCAUGGCUGCCUUGCUGAGCUCCUCAAGCCCAAAAUGUACUGCGUGUCAAGAAGGCAUCAUUAAAGAUAAGGUGUUUAAGGAUAACUGCUGCAAGAGAGAGAUUCUCGCUCUUCAGAUCCACUGCAGGAAUGAAGGGGAAGGCUGCCCGGAGCAGUUGACGCUGGGACACCUGCUGGUGCAUUUAAAGAACGAUUGCCAGUUUGAAGAGCUUUCGUGCAUCCGUGCUGACUGCAAAGAAAAAGUGUUGAGAAGAGACUUGCGUGACCACGUGGAAAAGGCCUGCAAGUACCGGGAGGCCACGUGCAGCCACUGCAAGAGUCAGGUUCCACUGAUCACCCUACAGAAACAUGAAGACACAGAGUGUCCCUGUGUGGUGGUGUCCUGCCCCCAUAAGUGCAGUGUCCAGACCCUGCUGAGGAGUGAGUUGAGUGCACACUUGUCAGAGUGUGUCAAUGCCCCCAGCACCUGUAGUUUUAAGCGCUAUGGCUGCGUUUUUCAGGGGACAAACCAGCAGAUUAAGGCCCAUGAGGCCAGCUCCGCGGUGCAGCACGUCAACUUACUGAAAGAGUGGAGUAACUCUCUAGAGAAAAAGGUUUCCUUGCUACAGAAUGAAAGUGUAGAGAAAAACAAGAGCAUACAAAGUUUGCACAAUCAGAUAUGUAGCUUUGAAAUUGAAAUUGAGAGACAAAAGGAAAUGCUCCGAAAUAAUGAAUCCAAAAUACUUCAUUUACAGCGAGUGAUAGACAGCCAGGCAGAGAAACUGAAGGAGCUGGACAAGGAGAUCCGCCCCUUCCGGCAGAGCUGGGAGGAAGCAGACAGCGUGAAGAGCAGCGUGGAGUCCCUGCAGAACCGGGUGACGGAGCUGGAGAGCGUGGACAAGAGCGCGGGGCAGGUGGCUCGGAACACAGGCUUGCUGGAAUCCCAGCUGAGCCGGCACGACCAGAUGCUGAGCGUCCACGACAUCCGCCUGGCCGACAUGGACCUGCGCUUCCAGGUCCUGGAGACCGCCAGCUACAACGGUGUGCUGAUUUGGAAGAUCCGAGAUUAUAAGCGGCGGAAGCAGGAAGCCGUCAUGGGGAAGACCCUGUCUCUUUACAGCCAGCCCUUCUACACGGGCUAUUUUGGCUAUAAGAUGUGUGCCAGGGUCUACUUGAACGGGGAUGGCAUGGGGAAGGGGACGCAUUUGUCGCUGUUUUUUGUCAUCAUGCGCGGAGAGUACGAUGCCCUGCUCCCUUGGCCGUUCAAGCAGAAAGUGACGCUCAUGCUGAUGGAUCAGGGGUCCUCUCGGCGCCACCUAGGGGAUGCCUUCAAGCCGGACCCCAACAGCAGCAGCUUCAAGAAGCCCACCGGGGAGAUGAAUAUUGCCUCUGGCUGCCCAGUGUUUGUGGCCCAAACUGUGCUAGAAAAUGGGACUUAUAUUAAAGAUGAUACCAUUUUUAUUAAAGUCAUAGUGGAUACUUCGGAUCUGCCCGACCCCUGACAGGUCACUGGGGGGGUGGAUUGAGCAGAAGGCAACUCCUCGGGGGUUUGAACCGGCUGUCUCCACCGAGGUCCUCGCGCUCAGAAAAGGACCUUGUGGAACGGAGGAAGCAGCAGAAGGUGGCCGCGGGCCGGCGGGAGGAGCCACGCGUGAGGACACACCCAACAUGUUUUUUAAUAGACUAGCAACACUCCGCUCUGAAGAAUUAUUUAUCCUUCGACGUGAUAAAUACUGCUGUCAGAGAAGGUUUUCAUUUUCAUUUUUAAAGAUCUAGUUAAUUAAGGUGGAAAACAUAUAUGCUGAACAAAAGAAUCGUGAUUUUUCUUCCUUAAACUUGAACACCAAAAAACACACAGACACGCGCACACACAUGCACACACACGCACACCUGGGGAUAGCUGGACAUGUCAGCAUGUUAAGUAAAAGAAGAAUUUAUGAAAUAAUAAUGCAAUUCUGAUAUAUUCUAAAAUUCAAGAGUGCAAUCUUGUUUCAAAUAUAGUAUAUUGUCUAUUUUUAAGGCCUCACCUGGUCUCUGUUUUAAUAAUUUGUUUGUCAGAAGACCCUGAAGUACACCUAGGUCUUUUCUGAAAGUCUCAAUUCAGAAUCAUUUUUUAAUUUAAAGUUCUAAGAUAAUUGUUAUUGCAAACAUUUUAUUUGAAAACGUUGAUAGACUGAUAUUUCUUGGAAGAAAAUGUAAACUAUC